AUGCCCCGACAUGCAGUACAGCACGAGGAGGCCUGCACUAUAGUGCUAGAGCUCGCUGCCGCACUUGAGGCUUCAGAACAAGUCUGUGUUGACCAAAUGGCCAAGACGGAGGCCGUCCAGGCCAAGUGCACCAGGUAUGCACAGCUCCUUCGCGUUACGCUCUCACAGAACGUCAAGCUACGCUCUCAUGUGACUGGGAUGAGCGCCUUCUUGAGUCUGUUCGUCGCCCUUUCUAUGACCCUCGAACACAGCCUUGGCCCCAAAGAGGCACGCUGCCGUUCUCUUUUCAAACGCUUUCUCGAUACUCGGAUCCUGUUGGUGAUGGGCAUGAAAAAGGCAUCUGCUCGCAUCCGAAGCCUGGACGCUGUCGUCGAUAUCAAAAUGACUACCUUCAACAAGCUGCAAGCCGAGCACACAGCCACAUCGUCAUCUUAUGACAAUGCUAUUAACACAGCCGAUGAACCUGCGAAGGCCAACAAGAAGAAGCCCGACGCAGCCGCGGCGCUUGCGGAUGUCAAUCACGGCAACUACAUCGUAGCCAACAACCUUGCGAAUGUCAACCACGAGAAGUUUACCACAGAACAGACGUCGAGGACCACCGAUAAGCAGAUUGCGGAUACCAGAUACAUGGCAUUAGAGCAGUCGAAGGACGCAGCCAACAAGCUUGCGGAGGUCAACUACCUAGGUACAUCAAAUACAAGGCCGCAUACGACAACGUCCGCAAGAGCAAUGCAACUGUCUCUACGUUCGUGA